AUGGCUGAGGUUGCUCCCGAAUCUACUCCCGCGCCGGAGACACUGCAUAAGGAUUCCAGCAAGACUCGGAGGCUUCGUCCGCCAGGAAUUGAUGACACCGCCGCUGGAAACGACAACAGGAUUCCAUUGCGAGCUGACAAGCUCGACCGCAGAGAGUCACGACUCGGUCUCCGCGGCCUGUUUUCUCGGAACAAAUCCUCCAGCCAGAAUGUGCGUGCUUCCGUUGCAGACCUAAGCAACUGGCCGUACUCCCCCAGCACCACCCGAUCAGAGAUCAGCUUGCCGCCGGAUCGGGAGCAACAGGUGGAAACAGGCCCAGCUGCAAAAAUAAAAACACCAAGAACCCCCACAACUCCAGCCUCACAAGCACGACGACCCAUUCAGCCUCGUACCAAACUGCCUACUGCUCCCCCUCCAGUGGCUGCUUCGUCUACUCCAAAACCCAGAAAAACCUCUACCCAGGGCCCGUCGCCUCCGUCACGGUCAGCUCGAGGGUCCCUUGCCACCUGGGACCCGCCUCCACUAUUUCAAGCAUAUCCCCAGGCCAUCAAACAUGCCCGGCUUCCUGCAUGUACUACAUCCAUUGAGGUCCUCACGCGGCUGCAGAGCAAUCACGGUGGGGGCACCAGCAGCUCCGCUAAUUCUGUGCGGGAGUCGUCGUUGGCUGACGCUGCCGGUGACAUUGCUGCAGCUGAUAGAGGUAUUGAUAAGACCAAGAGGAGACACCGCCGGAACACGUCUGCGUCAUCGACAAAGCUUGACUGGUCUAGCAAGAUCUAUGUCUUUGUCACAUCGGGCUACCUCCUUCAGUAUGCCGGGGAGGGGUCCUUCGAUCGUCUGCCAGAGAAAAUGCUACAUAUUGGCAAAGACUCGGCAGCGUUUGCUAGCGACCUGAUUCCUGGACGCCACUGGGUUCUCCAGAUUUGCUCCGACACGGAAGCGUCUGUUCCCUUGACUCCCGACUCACGCUCAUUAUUUUCACGCCUGCCCUUCCGUAGCGAACGAAGGCACGCAUCCGCUUUAUUGAUGGUCUUUGAGAGCGCGGAAGACAUGGAGAAUUGGCUCAGCACACUGCGACGUGAGAUCGAGCACUUGGGUGGUAAAAAGCACUUGUCUGAAACCGGAAACCCCAAGGCCAACGAUCGUGUUCUCCAGUUGAAGGGCCAACCCAGCCAGCGAGCCUUGGUUGUGCGCGAUCCCGAACGGUUCUCUCGUGCAAUCUCUCCACAAGACAUGGCCUCAUCACCGUGGCGCUUGGAUUCGGCUCUGGGCACCGACUCCCCCACGCCAGAUAUACACCUGGAAGCCCCGAUUGUCUUCAAGGCAUCUCGGGAAACAGAUCCGUCCGCUGAUGACAUGUCGGUCACAAAUAGCCUGGUUUCGCAGGAUGGGCGUCAACUUGAAAGCUUGCGGGAAAGCGCGAAUCGCCUUUCGUUCAUCUCGUCCGGACAGCGCACCGUUGUGACAUCUGAGUGCUCGUCCCCACCAUGCUCACCUAUCUGUGACAGUUUCACUAGCAGCAAUGCCGACGAGCCAUCAUCGGCACUGGCCGAUAGCCCCAAGGAGGCCUGGCCGCACCCAAACACAGCUGUCACAUUCAAAUAUGGCCUACCCAUUCAGACAUCAGCAAAGAGCGACCGGCUGUCGGAUUUCCGCUUCCCGAUGCCGGCCGGCCAUCCCAAACCACCUACACACCUAGCCCAGCCGGCACCGCCACCAUUGCGGUCUCACACCGUCGUCUUUUGCAACGGAAAUAUGCCAAUGCCACAUUCUCAGUCUGUCCUGUCUCCAGUACAAACGCCGAAAAGCCCCGGGUUCUGCGUGUCUCCCACAAUGCCAUUGCCAGCUAUCCCAAACUUCAGUGUGCCACACAAAUCAUCUACGCGGUCGUCGGUGGCUCUGAAAAGCCCGUCACUGGGUCAAACCCAGUCGAUUGUGCCAUUGGGUGCACCAACUUCGGCACCUCCACAGACUAAAUUGCCAGCUCCUCCGCAAAAGCUGCCUCUUUCGAGGUCUAGCACGCGUCGGCUGCCACCGCCGUCUCUGGCAUUUUCUCGUCCGCUCUCGGUCGUUCCCGACCAGCCCUCACCUCCAUCCAAAUCUCCUGUAUUGUCUCGGAUUGUCACGCAGGCCGCGCUUGAGACAGACUCUGAUCGUCCCGGCUGUUCUGAUGUUCAGGAUACGUCAUCUCUGCCUAGCUCCUUUGAGCUGUCAGCCGACACAGAACAGGGCCCAUCAACGCAGACCUCGGUCGAUGUCAGCAGGAUGAAGAAUCCUCGUGGACGUGUAGACGUGCUUGCUGCUAGUCCCGUUGAGGCUUUGCUGGAGCGAGCUAGGGUCAAGACAUCUGCUCUUCCCACCCGAGGCACGAUGCCUGCAACCGCUAGCACAUAUUCUCCAGCAAACUCGCAUAAAGAAAGCUUUCGACCCAGCUCAGCCAUGGACUUACACCGUCGGUCAUCAAACCGGUCUCUGAUAGUCGGAAGUGACGCAAAGCGUAUGCACCACAAGCGUGCGAGCAUGUUCGCACAAGCCGGCGAGGUUUUGCCAAGGCCGACGGAGUCGAUGUCCACAAAGCUGUCUUUACCGGAGAGGCCGAUUGAUGCGGCGGAUAGCAGAGCUGCUGCCACCCGCGGUCGCUUUCUUGAAAGACGAGAGCAACAUGUGCCGCGCUCUUCGGCUUCGAAUGUACACCUGCGUGCCCAUUCCACGCCUCAGAAAGCUCUUUCUUACCGACGACGGAGCAUGUCACAACUAGCAGAGGGACCUCCUCCUGCUCCACCACCGACCCGCGCACUGCCACCGUUGCCUCCUAACUUUGGCAGCGUGAGAGGAAGGCGUGGCGCCUAG